AACCAUUUGAACUGAUCCGUCACGAAAGCUUGCAGAACUAUCUACACUAUUUUUGAAUCAAUGUACCGUUACCAUGAGGAAACAAAUUGCCGUCGUUUUAAAUAAUGGAACAACCGGAUACUCAAGACAAUAUUCAGAAUAAUGAUUUGGAGGCGAGAAUAAGAGAGAUUUUUGAUCUAUUUGACCACGAACGUAACAAAACAAUAGAUUUUAGAGAACUCGGAACAGUAAUCAGAGCACUAGGUGGUGUUCCAACUGAAGCAGAAGUGAUAUCACUUGUUCGUGAGUUAGAAAACGACCCACCAAAUGGUUAUAUUAACUAUGAAAAAUUCCUCCCAGUGAUGAUGCAAGCAAUGGAACAGAAAAGAUUCGAACCUGCACCUGAAGAAGAUUUAUUGAAGGCCUUCUUAAUCCUCGACUCAGAGAAGAAAGGAUUCCUAAGUGCUGACGCUUUGGAAUCUUAUAUGGUUUCUUCUGGAGAACCAUUUACAAAAGAGGAAAUAGAGGAGAUGCUCGCAGCCGCAACAGAUUUAUCAAAAGGGAAGAUUAUGUAUCGCGACUUCGUAAUACAAUUAUCGACAUUUGAUGAUAAGGACACCUAGUCUUCAUGAAACAAGGUAGUUUACAGUGAUAUCCAAUAUUCUAGUAAUCAGUUAACGUUUAACAAUUCUAAAGGAAAAUACGAAUAUUUGUUAGUUGUACAUCUUGUACCAAAAUACAUAAAUUCAACUUCGUC